CACACCGCAAGGAGGACACAACAGCAAAGCAGAGAUGUCUUUUAUUUCUGUUUAGCAUCUAGAGUUUACAUACAUAAUUUGACAUUAUGCAUUAUUUUACAGGAACACGAUGUUUGUCGGUCUGCAAUGGAUCCAUGUUAAUCGAGCAAUCUAUGUAAUGUAGGUAGUCUACUUAACAAAGCCACAAUUUCUCUUUAUAUACUAAAUGGACAAAAUGAUUAAGAUGUUCGAAAUCUCGGUGACUGGAAUGUUUCAACGUAUUCUGACUGCUACAACGCGAGACAGCUCGACUACCUGUAGGAUUGCAUUGAGAGCGUAAGGGAGAGGUGAUGCCCAGGAGGUAAUGCGCAUCAGCAUAGUGUCACACUAUUCGGGGUUUUUUCACACACGAACGGAGGUUUCUGUGCAUGUCUUGCUCUUAUGCACAAUCCCCGUUAAGCACCAGGCGAAUAUAAGAGAGUGAAACCAUCGUAGCCUAAUCUCAAGGCGAGACGACAUUACGUUGCUUCUGCACAGGCGGUGGGAUGCUCCCCAUCUAGCCUUCAAAUGCAGUUGAAGAUGUGCAUACGCGGGGACAUUUCCAGCCAGCUUCAUUUCAGUGGCAAUAUUUUAAUGUUUUAUAUUUGUACUAUUUUUUAUUCGUGACUGAAUUAGUCCAAUCAUACGGCAAUAGUUACUGAUCUACAAUCUGCAAUCGAUCGAGAGAUCAUUCUCGCAUGUAUCUGCAGCGUGACUAAUCGCAAAGGAGCACAAUAACAGAGGAUGAAGACGAAUCAAAUGCGCGUUUUCAGGGUUUGCUUAGAGCUUUAGACAAUUGCUCUUUAGUAAAGUUGCGGUUGCCAAACUACAGCGGUGCUAUAUGAAGAUCAGGAUCCAAGCGUUGCUUUACCCUCGCAGAAAUGCCAGUGCGUGCAGUGACUUCUAGGUUCAUGUACAAGGGACUUUGCUCAAUUCCAGAUAUCCUCUCCUACAAGCCUCCUAUAACCCUCCCCGAGGAUGAAGUGGAGGAGAUCCGGGAAGCCUUUAAGGUGUUUGACCGUGAUGGGAAUGGAUUCAUCUCAAAACAGGAGCUGGGAGUGGCCAUGCGUUCUCUUGGUUACAUGCCAAACGAGGUGGAGCUGGAGGUGAUCAUUCAGAGACUGGACAUGGAUGGUGACGGUCAGGUUGACUUUGAAGAGUUUGUAACACUUCUCGGACCAAAGCUUUCUUCUGCUGGUAUGCCUGACAGGUUCCAUGGAGCUGAAUUUGACUCCAUAUUCUGGAAGUGUGACAUGCAAAAGCUGACCGUGGAUGAGCUGAAGAGACUCCUAUAUGACACCUUCUGUGAUCAUUUGACUAUGAAAGACAUCGAGAACAUUAUCAUGACAGAGGAGAGUCACUUAAACAGCCCCGAGUGCCAAGUAGAUAUUGACACGAGCCCCAUGCAACAAGUCAAGCAUACGUGUGUGCGCAAGAGCUUGAUUUGUGCCUUUGCAAUCGCAUUUAUCAUCAGCGUCAUGCUCAUCGCAGCCAAUCAGAUGCUUCGAAGAGGGAUGAAGUGAACUGUUUCUUAAACCACCAAUGACUGACAAAAGUGAAAAAUGGUUAAAAUGCAAAAAAAAGUACAAUUAUUUUCAUUUCUAAUUUGAAACGCUGCACUCUCAUUGUACCAUGAACUCAAGGUAAAGACAAACUGUUCUUAGGCAGGCAGAAGAACCAUAUAGAAAAAAUAUCAUCUAAAACCAUAUAGUUAAAAAGUGUCACAGUAAUUUUUUGUAGAAACACAACUGGAACAAGAGUGAUGAAUAAUCACUGUGCUAAUCACUGUGCUAUGUAGUAUUAAAUGUAUCCUGUCAGUUCAUGUUACCAAAUAGAGAUAACACACAUUUAUUAAAAUGUAGGACAUUAUUUGUAAAGUACUGUGUUGUAUGGUUAUAAUCUACCUUAUAUACAAAUCCCAUGUCACGUUUUAAAAAAUAUUUUCCCAAUUUGUAACAACGUAGUGUAGCCUGGUCAUGUACAGUACAUAAGUUACCAAAAUGUAGUUGUCUUGGUAUUGCAUAGACCAUAACAUACUGUACAUAUUUUAUCAACAUAUUUUACCCUUUGGGGAUAUUUGUUGAUACAAACUGAAUAUGAGGGGGUAAAAAAAAAAUUGGUUACACCAAAUCUAAGUCAUCAUGAGUAGUAAGGCUGAGUAGGUGUAAUUUUAAAGGAAAUGAAUGUACUAGGAAUUUACCAGUAAUAGAAUAUUUUGGAAAAAAAUAUUGUAAAUUUGGUGACGAUCCACAGUGUUAUUAUAUUGAACCAUCUAUAAAUUCGUGCAAUUGUCUCUUGUUAACUUACAAAAAAAAGUAUUUCUACCAGUCUUGAAUCUCAGGAUUGUUUAUUGACAGAUAUUUUAUUCAUUUGUCUACUGGUUGUGUGGGAAAACACAUUGUUAAAUAUGACUGAAUAUGACUGAAUAUUUACAGGCUAUUCGUGUCAUGUGUGCCAAGUAAAUGUUUACCUGUACGUAUACUGCAAUAUAACUGUUUUCAGUGUUAUUAUGUAAUAUGACAAAUUUGCAUGAAAUUUUCAAAAUUUUCAUUGUUCUGGGUUGUUGUGUCAGUUACUUAAUUUACAUGUUAUGUCAAGAACCAUCUCAUUUAACUCUUUUAACCUCUAAAUUUGUUUCAAAAUGAUCCUGGAUGACUGGGAUUUUACAGGUUUAAAUUCAAGGCUUUCACAACGUAAUCCACAGGGAACGAAGCAGUGAAUAUACAGUAUGUUUAAGAACAAAAGAGAGGUACUCAAAAUUAUUAUUUAAAAGUUAACUGUAUAGCUUUAAGUUUGGUGUGCACUAAUGAUAACAAGCAAUAUUUGACUUAAGCAUACUCUGAAAUAAAUGUGCAUUAAGCAUCUAUCUGUAAUUUAUGCAUUUGUCAGCAAUCUCAGUGCCUAAACAGUAAGUUGGAUGGUAUUGUUCUUUGUGUCUUAGUCUGGAGUCCAAAGUCAAUAUCUUUUGUGCACUUUUCCAGUAGUUAGUUCAGUGUUUGUGCUAUUUCACAAAUGAUAAGAACAAUAACUAUUAAGAACAAUAAGCAUGCUUAUUACUAAUAGUAAGCAGGACUGUAAUCAGAUCUGCAAAUGAAUAAGAUGAUUGUAAUGAUAAGGAUAAUGAGGGAUAGAGUUAUCGUAUUAACAAACAACUUACAGGGAUAGUUCACACAAAAUAAAAUUCUGACAUAUGUUGUUCCAAACUAUUAGGAAUGGGUAUUGAUACAGAUUUCCCGAUUCGAUUCCGAAUCACAAGCUCUCGAUUCCAUUCCAAUUUCGAUUUGAUUCAAUAUCGAUUCAUUUGAGAAUAUUUCAGUUAUAAUGUCCCUUUUGCUUAUAAAAUAAAUACUCUCCCAGUUAAUGCUGUUAAUUAUACAGAGGACCUUCUAACUAAGUACAUUAUUAAAAUAGGAAUUUUACCUAUUAUAUUUUAUUAUUUUUUUUCAUAAUUUUGGCUUUUUAAAAAUGAUAAAUAAGAUAUUAUAUUUCAUAUAUUUGUUACAUGUUUAAUUGCAUAAUUUUUACUAUUUACAAGUAUUUACAUUGAUUUGUUGAACACGUGCCAAAACCAGCAUGUUUCUAAAAAGCCUCUGUAGAUGAGCGCAUGUUAACUAGAGAUACUCGAAUGGCUUCAUCUGAUCUGUGCCAUACAUGAUAAUUAAAUGUUUAUUUAUUAAAACAAAUAGAAAGGAUAUUAAGACACAUUAUUCUAUGACAAAUGGGUCGCAUUGAUCUUGUCUUUUGACACAAUUACACUGAACAACUUUUACUCUCAACAUGCAGUGAAAGGAUCUCGCUGCGGAAUACUCCACCACUAUACUACACAAUCACUGGUGAGUGAAAUGUAAAAAUUAAUAUACAUUUUAGUCACAUAGCGCGAAAUGUGGUUGCUAAUGCGAGUGAUUUCCUCUCAUUUUAAUAAAGGGUUGCGCCAGGACUUUAGUUGCGCGUAAUGUAAUCGAUGCAUCGGAAAAUCUAUAUUUUUGCCCACCUCCAUUCCAAACCUGUAUGGAUUUUUUUUUUUUUUUCCCAUGGAACACAUAAGAUGUUAGGCAGAAUGUAAGGAACUGGCAGCCUGUCACCAAUCAAAUGGUGAAUGAGACUAUCAAUUAAUUUUAUAGUGAGCUAUCUCUUUAAGGCUUCUGGAUUAAAAUUUUGUAACUAUUUUAAGAUUUAAUAAUAUUAUUAAAAUUAAAGUAUAUAUUUAAAUAUUAUAGAAACAUACAAAAAUGUCAACAUUGUUUCUUGCAGUUGCAUGUAUUUGUAUAUUUCUGCCAAAACGUCUUGUGUAAUGAGAGAGUCAGCGUUUGUUCUCAAAAUAUGCAAUCUAUGCUUAUUUGAUGACAAUUUACUGUGAAUUAAAGUUAUCAUUUACAUAUAUACAAUUGAGAGGUAUUGAUUUCAGGACCUCAGAAACAUAUCAUGCUUUCAAUUUCCAAAACUCAAGCAUUUGAUCUAAUGUGUAUUUGUGAGACAUUUUUUACACACUGUUUGGAGUCAGAUUAUUUAAUAUGGCAAUAUUUUUUUUUUCAAUAAGAAUAAUAAAUGAGUAAAAUACUUAAGAUUUUGAAAAAUAUAUUUUUACUAUAUUUACCAGUAUUUUUUAAAUAUUAAUUUCAUAUCAAUUAAUUUAAUCUCACAUGGAAAAUUAUGGCAUAUUUGCUUAAAAUGAAAUCUGACUGCAUUCAAAUAUACAGUAUAAUGGCUGAUAUAAGUGGGCAGUUACAAAUUAAUUAAUGUAAUUAUAUUAAUGUAAUGAUGUAACAGUAAUGUAUACAACUUAUGUAAAUUUAUAUUGCAUUAAUGUAGCCCUGGAAAUAUUUUUUGAAUCUAUGAUGUGCCAAAAUGUGCUGUUACGAUUAAUUGUA